UUAAAGGCGGGUGCUCGGUUUCCCGACGACCAGUUGCUCCCUGGAAGCCUCACCAUCGUUUUCCUUCGGUCAAGUCUCGAGAUUCUGAAGAAAUAACACAGGACUUUCUGCUGCUGGGCAACAAUUUUUUACAGGACCUAAAAAUGAAUGUAGCAGUAAAAGUGGCCCAGCCAGCCAUACUACUCCUUUUGUUGGUUUGGUCGGGAUCAGAUUAUGCUUCGGCCGAAAAACUGUCCGUAAUCCUACCCGGACAAAACACGGAAUUCAACAUCGGCGACGACCACAAACACGUCGACUUCGACAUCAGGUCCAGCGGUGCCUUGGGCCUCAGCAUACCUGUACCCCCAAAUGGAGGACCGGCUGCGACUCCGAAGUCACCCCAAUUGGUGCUGGAUGCCCCGCCCGCAGCCGUACCCACCUCUCCCCCGGGCAUAAAUGGAGGCGGUAGCAUCUUCAGGAACAACGGCGGCCUCUUUCCCGACACCAGACCAGCUAUAAGUGGUUUAUAUCAGACUCCUGACCUAGCACCUGUGCCACAACCGUCGAUUCAAGACGCCUGCAAAGCCGAAACCGUCAUCCUGACAUCAACUGCAAUAGUGACCUCCACAAGACUCUCAAUAUCGCAGGUGGUUGUUCCCACGACAAUAGUACAAGACCGUGUUGUCACUUCUACAGACAUCAGAUACCAAAGCGUUUACAGGACGAACUAUGUCACCGUGCAAGCCCCACCACAGACUAGAGUGGAAACCACAACUCUGACGUCAGAGGUUGUACGAUCUGAAACAGUAUUCAGGACAUCAACAAGAGUUCAGCAGCAAUACUUUACAACCACCGAUGUCCAAGUUCGUACUCAGGUCGUGACUUCUCAAGUGGUCGAACCAACUUACAUCACAGUGACUUCAACGCAGAUUCAGUACCAACCAAACACCUGCGAGGCUACCACAAGUACCUCCACCUAUGCCGGCUACUCAUACCCUACCCCGGGAGGCUCCGAGGCCAAUUACGAGAGCAGCUACGGGACAGGUUCGUAUGGCAGCAGCUACUACGGCAACGGCGGUGGCUCCAGCAGCUACGGCAAUGGAGGAGGAUACUGGCUAGGUUACCAAGGAAACGGAUACUACGGUGAUUCCUACAAGAGACCUACCAGGCAAAGGACCAGGAACAAAGGGAUCUUCGGAAAGUGGUUCUAAAAAAAUAAACAAAAACAAAAAAAUUCUAGCAGAGAAAACUACCUCCUUCUAGAUUUUAUGAUGACCGCCAGAAUUGGCAAAAUAUACAUAUUCUGCACUAUUGUGGUGGAAACAGGAAUAAUCAACAGAAAGAUACAAACUUGAGAGUAAUAACAUAUACACACCUAUUCUCUCUCUCUCUCUCUCUCUCUCUCUCUCUCU